CUACUCUGCUGGUACGGCUGUCCGCCUAACAUGCAUAGGACUGUAUCCAUUGCUGCUUAAUUGCUUUCGCAAAUGCCAAUCAACUCUUCUUCCAAUGUGGCUCCAUCCAGUGACAUUGACAAACAUCAAUUGCUUCCCGAUGCACAACAAUCUCUCUCGUGCUCUUCUAACAGUCGAAGCAGCCUUUCACCAUUUGGCUGUUUACCAACUGGAGUUACUGGCUUUAGCUCGGCAAACUCCUCAGCCAUGUCUGCGGCCGCGGCCGCUGCAUUUCUACUACAAGCUGCGACUGCUGGAUCAGCUAAUGGAGAUAAUGCGCAAGGCUCCUCCAUGCCCGUGCGUCGAUCUUCCACGGCGAGCUUCUUUGAAUCUCCUCAAGUAUCACCCACUUUUUCUUCUGCUGUGAUAUCCGCCGCAGCCCAACAAGCCGCUCUUGCAGCGGCCCAUGCUAUUGGCUCGUCAAACUCUUCCCCUAGUGUAAAAACUUCCUCUGAUUUACAAGCAGCUGUAAUCUCGCUAGCACUUGCUGCUAAUCCUUCCUCCUCUAACCAGUCUGAUAUUUACCGAUGCGAUACACAAGAUCAUGCUAUCCGGCCCAGUCAGGCUAUGACGGAUUUUCUUCUUUUAUCUGAGCGACACCCUGAGCUGUUGACUGCGCAUCCUGCUCUCAAAUCAGUCUUCAGGAGGCGUUCGUCAGCUGUUCUUUCAUCUUACUUAUCCGAUUUACCAACCAACGAGACUAUCUCGGAUCACGCGUCCUUAGGAUCAGAAUCGAAUAUGUCGCAGAACAUACUCUCCGCGUUGGAGUUAAUGAAUACUAGACGUCCUUUACUGUCCGACCCAUCGACACCUUCCAACUUUCCGCCAAACUGCGGUAGCCAAGAAACGUAUGCAACGGAUAGAGGUUCUCACAAAGAUCACUCUACAAGAGAAGUGGAUCACUAUCGCUUAACUUCAUCCGCUUGCGUCCCUGAACAACAACCUCCCAAGUGCACCCAUCAGUACCCAUCCAGUGAAUUGCCUCUCGCCGGUUCUGCACUGACCUGCGAUCGCCAUCUCUCCCGCACAUACAAGGGGUCACCUCACUUCGAAGCACAUGCUUCAUCCUUCUCACUGCAUCCCUCUGCUCGAAGCAACUCGACUAAUCGAUGCGUCGCCUCACCAACUGUCGCAUCAAGCUUGAACGAUGGUAGUUCCGUUAUUUGCCAUUCUACAUCCCCCCUGAGUUACUCCUCUCUGUCCAAUUCAGCCACACCUGGAUUGAACAUCUCUCCAGUGCCAACGGACUCACGCCCCCUCGAUAUCCCAAUGGAGACCCAGAGCGACUCAGGGACCAACCCUAGUCGUCUCCGUCAUUCCCAACGUGGUGAAUGCUUGGGAUUUCAGGAGAUCAAAUCCGAAUUCUCAAUGGGGGGUUCUUACUCAGACGAUCCGAAUCGCAAACGGGAACAACGGUUGAUAAAGAAUCGAGAGGCUGCUCGCGAGUGUAGAAGAAAGAAGAAAGAAUACGUGAAAUGUCUGGAAGCCCGUGUCAGUUUGUUGGAAAGUCAAAAUCAGCGGUUGGCAGAGGAGCUUCGGCAUGUGAAGGCACUUUGCUUUAAGGAGUUGUGCGGUCUUGGUUUGAGUCCCUCCACUGCUGCUUGCGCUGCUGCCGCUGCUGCAUUAGCGGCUGCCACUGUACCCGGAACCUAUUCCACGCCAACCACCUCUGCAACGGCAAGUUUGAAGAGCACGUACACAGACCUUGGAAUGCGCUUAGCAGAACACCCAUUCGAUGAAUCUGCUGUGAAUCUGGAGCACGACCAUUCCGCUUCUCACUCAGCUCAUGCAUCCCGUGGUCGAUCUCGACGCCGCUCUAUCGUUUCGGCUUCCAAACUGCCCGAUUUGGCGGAUAUCACCUCUCCCGACGCCACCCCGCAUUCGCACUAUAAUACUGUGUUCGCUACCAAACCGGACUAUGCGGGACCGCCACUACACCCUUUCCCUCUUGGCGCAAAAAAGAACAAACAAAACGGUCCGCAGGCACCCACCAAUGUAGCAAUUGUGUCACUUUCAGACACCGUUCACCCUAGAAUAUCUCCUCCUUAUCAAUCUAUGUCUAUCCAUGGUGACGUUUAUCCGCCCUCAGCAACAGAGAUGGGUCGCACACACCCUGCAGUUGGUCUUUCCCCCUUUCACAACACACCUCCCGACACCAGUUCCUGCCCACCCAACCAGUCACCUAGCUAUUUUCUCCACCCGCACGCGACAAAACGCACUUAUCGCAAUUUGUCGGUGAAUCCACGCGAGGAGCACUUGUUUACGCACGCUGAUGACGUCGACUCUGACCUCGAUCCACCAAAGUCUUCUAGAGCAGCGGAUACGGUACCCAGUGCGGCUCCGAGUAUGCUCGCUACCGUCGCUGCCAAAGUCGUUGAACCAGAUUCCUCCAAACAAGACUGUCAACUUCCUGUCUGAAACCGUUAUCCUGCACUCUACUCACGUAUCUCUUGAUCACCUAAGUCUUUCGGCGCUCCGAAUUCGUUUUCAUCUCGAGAAGUGGUGACUUGCAAGCUAAUCAUCAGAACAUCCACCAUGCCUCAGCGACUGUGCCGUAUAUAUUGUUCUUGCUUUGACCUCGUGUUCAGUUAUCGUGUGCGUGUGUGGCCUAUACUGUCGUCUUCUCCCCACCUCUCAUCCGUCUUCUCGUGUUGCAUUUCGGGUCCCCCUGUUUUGUCUCACUUCACGUAUUUUGACCAUUGUCCGUUCACAUUUUUGUGGUUUGUAACUCUCAUCCAAAUUGUGAUUUUAGUCAUCAUGCUUGUUUGACUUCAAGCGAAUUGUUAUCUCUUUUAUCCACAUUUCAUCCUAUGCGCCAUUCCUCCCUUCUCUCUCAUCAGCAUCUUUGCUCUUGACAACCGAGCGAUACAUCUCUCAGAUUCAUUCACCAUUAUCUUUUUAUCAAUCAGGAAUCGCGUGCAAAUAUGUGGAUGUAUUUUCGAUCGGUUUUAUUUUGCUUCUUAUUUUUUGCGAUUUGGCAACAUUUUGCUUUUUUCUCCCCCCUUGUCUUUAAUCGCACGCUUACCUCUGCUUGCAUCCCCGCCCUCCUCUCUUUCGCCCUAUCGUUGUAGAUUCGAUUUAGAUGUCUUUCCAUUGAUGGUGUGAUAUGCUGCCAUGUCUUAAUGUUUCGGUGUCCACAUUCAGGUUUGCCCCACUGCCUCUUCUUUUUCGUAUUUCAGGCUUGUGGAUGCCACAUCGCUUAUCUUCACUCUCCUCAUCCAGUGAGGUGUUUUUAUCAAGGUGGAACUAGUGGUUUCUCUCUUGCCACGUGUACCUGCCGUUCUCUUGCCCAUGUACAUACUCAUGCUUAUGGUUGAUGACCUGAUAGCAAAGCGUUUUAUUCCUUUGGAUUAUGUUAUCGUUUUCUUAUUUUUCUUGUGAUGCUUUUCACUUCCUAAGCGCCGUACUUGGGUUCACUUGUUUGUCUAAUUGUUUGUUGCUCAUUUAGCUACCCUUCUGUGACAACUCAGUUUUACAACUUCAUGAAUUGUGUCCGAUAUUG